AUGUUUCUAUUCUAUUUUCUUGUCUUUGCUCACUCUAGAGUUCUUGAAAAGGAACAUGAUAGCCUUAUGAAUGAUAAAACUUCACUUGUUUCAUUCAUGUCAUGCGUUAUUUCGGACCCGGAAAACGCGCUAGAGAGCUGGAAAUCAAACGUUGGUAAUGUUUGUGAUUGGUCAGGUGUCAAAUGCAACAAUGAAAGUCAUAAUAAAAGGAUCAUAGAGCUUGAUCUAAGUGGAAAAUCACUAGGAGGAACUAUUUCCCCUUCUCUUGCUAACCUCUCUUUGUUGCAAAUUCUUGACCUUUCUGGAAAUCUUCUGGUGGGUCACAUUCCAAGAGAAUUAGGCUCUUUAGUUCAUCUUGAACAACUUAGUUUAUCUUGGAAUUUUCUUCAAGGGAACAUUCCUUUAGAGUUUGGUUCAUUACACAACUUAUAUUACCUUAACUUGGGAAGCAAUCAACUUGAGGGAGAGAUUCCUCCAUCACUUUUAUGUAAUGGUACUUCAUUGAGUUAUUUAGACCUCUCUAAUAAUUCAUUAGUGGGGGAAAUUCCAUUAAACAUUAAUAAGUGUAUCCUUAAAGAUCUUAAGUUCCUCUUACUUUGGUCUAACAAACUUGUAGGACAAGUUCCUUUGCCUCUUUCAAAUUCUACUAAGCUUAAAUGGCUUGAUUUGGAGUCCAAUAUGUUAAGUGGAGAGCUUCCAUCUAAGAUUAUAUGUAAUUUUCGACAAUUACAAUUCCUCUACUUAUCAUAUAACAAUUUUGUUAGCCAUGAUAGUAACACUAACCUUGAACCUUUCUUUGCUUCUUUGAUGAAUUCAUCUAACUUUCAAGAACUCGAAUUGGCUGGAAACAGCCUCGGUGGGAAGCUACCUCAUAUUAUUGGUAAUCUUCCUACAAGCAUGCAACAUAUUCACCUAGAAGAGAAUCUCAUACAUGGAUUUAUACCUCCCCACAUUUCCAACCUUGUCAACUUGACUUUCUUAAAGUUGUCUAGUAACCGAAUAAACGGAACAAUCCCUCACAGCCUAUGCAAGAUUGUUAGGCUAGAGAGAAUUUAUUUGUCAGAUAAUUAUCUAUCUGGUGAGAUUCCUUCAACUCUCGGCGACAUUAAGCAUCUUGGACUUCUUGACUUGUCAAGAAACAAGCUUUCUGGUUCGAUACCGGAUAGUUUCGCAAACCUCCCUCAGUUAAGAAGGCUUUUACUUUAUGACAACAACCUUUCUGGCAUAAUUCCACCAAGUCUAGGAAAAUGUGUCAAUUUGGAGAUUCUAGACUUGUCUCACAACAAGAUCACAGGGAUGAUUCCUUCAGAAGUUGCAGCAUUAACUAGCUUGAAGCUGUACUUGAAUUUAUCAAACAAUGAGUUACAAGGUCCUUUACCAUUAGAACUAAGCAAAAUGGAAAUGGUGCUAGCUAUUGAUAUAUCUAUGAAUAAUCUCUCUGGUACAGUUCCACCACAAAUUGAAAAUUGCAUAGCAUUAGAAUAUCUCAAUCUUUCUGGUAAUUCCUUAGAAGGUCCCUUACCUAAUUCAUUAGGACAAUUGUCUUAUAUUCAAUCACUUGAUGUAUCUUGUAACAAAUUGAAUGGAACAAUACCUGAGUCCCUUCAGUUAUGUUCCUAUCUCAAAACACUCAACUUCUCUUUCAACAAAUUCUCAGGAAAUGUUUCAAACAAUGGAGUAUUUUCAUCUUUAACCAUAGAUUCUUUUCUAGGAAACAAUGAUCUUUGUGGUCAAUUUAAUGGCAUGAAACAAUGUCAUGGGAAAAAAAGUUAUCAUUUGGUGUUUUUGUUAGUUUCUGUGUUACUAUUUGGCACACCUAUGAUAUGCAUGUGUAGGAACUCCAUGAUAAUCAAGUCAAAAAUGAGAAAGAAACUGCGCGUCGUUACUGGAUGCGACUCAGAGGAUGAAGAAGAAGAUGAAACAAAAGAGCUCAAGUAUCCAAGAGUUUCAUAUAGACAACUUAGAGAAGCCACUGGAGGGUUCAGUGCUUCAAGUCUCAUCGGUUCAGGUCGGUUCGGUCGGGUUUACAAAGGUGUACUCUUAGAUAAUACAAGAGUAGCUGUGAAGGUAUUGGAUACAAGAACAGAUGGUGAAAUAUCAUGGAGCUUUAGAAGGGAAUGUCAAAUUCUUAAAAAGAUAAGGCAUAGAAAUUUAAUAAGGAUCAUCACAAUUUGCAAUAAACCAGAAUUUAAGGCUCUUGUUCUUCCACUAAUGUCAAAUGGUAGUCUUGAAAAACACUUAUAUGAUCCAAACCAUGAGUUAAGCCAGAGAUUGGAUGUGAUUCAAUUAGUGAGGAUUUGCAGUGAUGUAGCUGAGGGAAUGUGUUAUCUGCACCAUUACUCUCCUGUGAAAGUAGUGCAUUGUGAUCUUAAGCCAAGUAACAUACUACUUGAUGAUGACUUUACAGCUUUGGUUACUGAUUUUGGAAUUUCAAGGCUUGCAAAAGGUGAUGACAAUACUUCCACAUGUAAUAAUUCAACAUCUUUCAGUUCAACACAUGGCUUGUUAUUUGGCUCGGUUGGUUAUAUAGCUCCAGGUAUGCACUUCAAUAUUUUCUAUGACAUGUUCAUGACUAUUUUUUGUUAAUAAUUAAUGAGUAAGACCAUGUUUGGAUUGAUUUAUUUCAGCUUAUCUACUUCAAUAAGUACUUGUGAGACUAUUUGAAAGCUCAUGAAAACAAUUUUUGACAUGUCUAUAGAAUAUGGAAUGGGAAAACAUGCUUCAACUGAGGGAGAUGUUUACAGUUUUGGAGUAAUUCUGUUAGAAAUAGUGACAUGUAGACGCCCUACCGAUGUCCUAAUCCAUGAAGGCUUUAGCUUGCAUGAUUGGGUUAAGAGACAAUACACACAGCCAGACAAGCUUAAAACCAUUGUCGAAGAAGCACUUCAAAGAUGCAGUCUUUCUUGUGUGCCAAGUCAUGAUACCAAAGUUUUGGAAGAUGUUAUGUUGGAACUCGUUGAGCUAGGGAUACUGUGUACACAACAGAACCCUUCAACAAGACCAACCAUGCUAGAUGUAGCACAAGAGAUGGGGAGGUUGAAGGAUUAUCUCACUAAUUCUUUUAGAAGAGAAGAGAAUUCGAUUGAAAAUUAAAAAAAAAAAGAAAAAAAAGAAGAAAGAAGUUUGCAAGUAUUAAUGCGACGCUUGUAAAUGUGACACCUUUAUUUAUUUAUAUUGUAAUAUAUGUACCUUCUUGUGUGGCAACAUUGUGGCUCGGAGGAAUAAAGAACAAAGUGUGUUGCCCAA